GGACGAGGAGCUGCUGUUUUUUGAAGUUGACUCUAUUCAUCUGUUUCGUGUUAUCAUCCGGCUCCCAAACAGGGUCGCCUUUUAUUUUCCUGCCCAAAUCAGAACUGUUUCUGUUAUUUUGUUCUAAAGCCUAUCGCGUGCUUGCUAUGAAACGUACGAUUGCUGGACUUAACAUAACAAUGAGUUAUUGCGCUGUAUUUUUGUUACAAGUCUUGUGCGUCAAAGGUAAGUUUUGGGCUAAAUUGGCAGCUCUGUUUUAGCUAGCCUACAGCACCUGCAGCAGGGUGUUCCACAGCACAAGCUUGGAAUCAUUGUUUGACCAAGCAGGAUCGUGAUACAACGUAGCUUGGGCCCUCUACAAAGUAAUCUACAGAUUGCUUGCUUAUUCCCGUUUUCCGGAAAAUUACAAUAGUUUUAGGAGAGGUAUUAUCAAAUUAUGAUGACGUCACCACUGAGGAUCUUGAUGGCGCGCUGUUCGAAGGGGACAUUAUCGGAGCGUACGACACCGGAAACACAACAGAUAUGUAUAACAAUGUCGUUGAAUCGGCACGAUUAUGGCCAAAUGGAAUUGUUCCAUUUUAUCUUGAUUCCAACACAAGUACGAUUUUAGGGAAUUUUGAAUGUUUCGCUCAUCCGGCUGGCUAUGGCGGCUAUUUCUCAAGCGACACAUCACUGUAUUCGUUUCAUCAACCGAACCCAAGAACGAAGUUCUCUCCGGAUCAUCUUAGGGGCAUUUAGAUGUGCCGCCGAGAUCGGAUACAGGGAGAACACGUUUACGCGCAUGGCACUGUCAUCGCAUUGCGACUUACCGUCUAUCAUCCACGAAUUACUUCAUGUCCUCGGGUUUUUCCACGAACAUACACGACUGGACCGCGACGAACACGUUAUCAUACAUUACGACAACAUCCAAGAUAAUAAACAUUAUGCUAAUGACUAUAACAAGAACAGCAACAUGGAUACACUAGGAAUGCCAUAUGACCGUCUCUCCAUAAUGCACUAUCCACCGUAUAAUGACUACUACGCAAAGAAUAAACAAAAGCCAGUUAUGUCCGCAAGGACUGGCGAGCUAAAGAGAAAUACGGUUCUCAGCGAUCUGGAUGUGCAUAAACUGAAAUUCACUUAUAAGUGCGAACGGGAGGAGCUCUGCAAUAUAUCUGUGGGACAUUGCCAUGUAUACCGUGAAGGACUACGAACAUCGGAAGCGUUUAGCUGGUUGAGAAGAUACGCGGCCGUCGUUAACUGUCAAGAGGAUCCGCCUCACCGAAUAUCGAUUUACUGUAGCACCGACGCCAUCGCUCUGGAUGCGCAAACCAUCGUUCAGACACUUCGGUACAAAACCCAUGUACCAAAUUAUUCGGCUUAUAUUUCCGACAAAGCGGUUGCAAACGCGACGCAUUUUCAUCCGAUCAAACAGAAGCUAAUCCAACUAGGCAUCCAUAAGUGCACAACCCCGUUUACAACAUCCAAAUUGCGCGACAUAGAACUGACACAGCUCGUGGAUUUUGGAUUGUAUUACUGUUCCAACCAACAAAUUACUAGGAUGGACUUUGACUUCAACGCAAACCUAAAGCGACUGGUGUUUCAUGCCACUACGAUUUCCAGUGUACAAGAGAACGCAUUCACUGCACUUGUCGGAUUGGAAAUCUUCCAACCGGAGGAAUACUGGAAGCCCACGAAGCAGACCAAGGGUCGGAGAGCAGAAAUACUAGCUCACCUGCAGCUACUGCAUUGCGACUGCCGGUAUCACUGGUUUCGCAGCUGGCUGGCGGGUAAGCCGACUCUAUUCACACAAAGGUCACUAACCAGUGUUCUACCGACGGACCGUUGGAUGAUCACGGUUGGGGAGAUGUACAUACCCAUUAACUGCAGAAACGUUGGAUUAUCCUACAGUAAAUUGGAAAGCCGUCAAACGCUACGAUACUUUAAUUACAACACCAGUAAACAUCCUCACUGGAAGCCAGAACCGUUUGCAAAGCACGCGCCAGCUGACUGCUGAGUCUGCACAUUAUUAAGCUCAACGGCAAUCUGUUAUGACAUUCAGUAUCAGUAUCUUUCAUAUCACAGAGACAGUCCUUCUGAACAGAAUUGUUUUUAUCUAUUGAGCUUGCAGUAAAAAUGUGUAAUGCCAAAUACAUCAACGUUGUCUGCACUAUCUGUAGGAAAAUAUCUUUUUGCUGCUACUGUAUACACUAAUUUAUACAGCAUAUGUGGGAAUGAAAAAAUCAAGAUUAAGUUUGUUUUUAUGGCUUCGACUCACAAAUCUACGGA